AUGUACAUCAGUCAGCAUUUUAUCCCACGUCUAGUUCGUGUUACUCCUCACAAUCUUGAUGAGCCUCUACUAAAGGAAGGAGGGCUGGUAGGAGGGGCUGGAGGGUCCAAUAAUAAUAAAUUAAAGUUACAGAUAACACAGCAUAAGGCAGGUAGCUCCUCUUCAAAUCCUAAGAGCAAGAAGAAGAAAGAGACAAAAGAAAAGAGAGAUCUCUCAAGUGUGUCUCUAACCUGCGGUGAGCCGGUGGAGUCUACACCUUAUGAUUUCCUGGAAGGUGUGGCUCGUCGUGAUCAGUUCUCAAUACAUCCAGAACCUGAUGUAGCAAUGGUUUUUAAAAAGACGACAGACGACCAGUCGGUUGAUUUGGUUGAAGUUGAGAAACUAUUGAAGAAACUCUUGAAUGAAAAUUCUAAUGAUCCUCAAGUCUUCAAUCAGGUUGGUAACUUGUGGCGGGUGAAAGGUAACACUCUCCUGGCCAUAGAGUGUUUCCGGAAGGCUCUCUCAGUCUCUCCUAAUGACCCUGACGUCCUCAUUAACAUGGCAAGGACACUCUACAAUCUCAAGUUCAUAGAUGAUACACUUUUCCUAACUAAGCUAUCCCUCCAUCACAAAUUCCCCAAGUCAGAAACCUGGCUCCAGCACUAUACACUUGGUGAGGCUUACAAAGUCACUAAAAAGUAUGAAACUGCUGCUGCUUACUUUAAGAAAGCUCUAGAACUGAACCCGAGUCUCAGCAGAGCAGAGGCUCAUCUGAGAGACCUUGAGAGACAGAGCAGUCUUACCAACUUCUACACAGUCAUCAUCAUUCUAUUCUUAGUCUCUUUUGUUAUUAUUAUUAUAUCUUAUCUAAUUUAUGUAAGAAAUUGACGUAAAAUAAUUAUAAUACUGAUCAU